AUGACCAACUUGGAGUACGACGCCAUAGUGAUUGGUGCAGGGGUAGUUGGCCCCUGUAUAGCCACCGCGUUUGCAAGACAAGGCAAGCGGGUGCUAAUUAUAGAAAGAGACUGGUCCAAGCCCGAUAGGAUCGUGGGUGAGUUGAUGCAGCCAGCGGGAGUCAAGGCUCUCCGAGAGCUAGGCAUGAUCAAAGCCGUCAACAAUAUCCAAGCUAUUGACUGCACCGGUUACUAUAUUCAAUAUUUCAACCAUCACCUUAGCAUCGAUUAUCCGCUCAAGGAGGUUGCCCAAGUCACCAAUCCCACAAAGCCAAUCCACGACGUAGGCACUUUUGGCGGCAACGAUAAACUAGAUCUAGACUCAACUAUAGAUCCCAAGGAAUGGGACCAGGAUGAACGAGUACGAGGCGUAGCGUUCCAUCAUGGCGAUUUCCUCCAAAAUCUCCGUGCCAUAUGCCGAAACGAACCGAAUGUCACCACCGUUGAGUCCACCGUGACCAAACUAAUACGAGACGAGGACGAAGUCGUGGUCGGGGUUAAGGCCAAGGAUAAAAACGGAGAGUUUAGUGAAUAUUAUGCCAAAUUAACCAUAGGAUGCGAUGGAAUAUACUCAAAGUUCAGAAAAGAGUUGAGUGCAGCCAAUGUACCCAACAUUGGCUCCUAUUUCGUUGGCUUGUACCUUGAAAAUGCAGAAUUGCCGGCCCAGAAUAAAGGCCACGUCUUGCUUGGUGACCAUGCACCGGUAUUGAUGUAUCACGUGUCGCCCACGGAAACUCGAGUGCUUUGCGCAUACAGAUCGACAAAACCACCCUCGUCAGCCAACAAUGAAAUCUACAAGUACAUCAAGAAGGAAGUUGUUCCCGUAAUACCUAAAGUUACCCUCCCUGCAUUUUUAGAAGCCUUGGAGAAGAAGAAGUUUAGAGUGAUGCCCAAUCAAUACCUCUCGGCGAUGAAGCAGGGCAAGACUCCGGGUUUUAUCUUGCUUGGUGAUUCAUUGAACAUGAGACAUCCAUUAACCGGGGGCGGCAUGACUGUAGGGUUGAACGAUGCCGUUUUGUUAGCCAAGCUUUUAGCUCACGUGGACGAUUUUGCCGACCACACACAAAUCAGCGACAAGAUGGCCAUCUUCCACCGCAAGCGCAAGAACUUGGACGCCGUCAUCAACACGUUGUCAAUUGCAUUAUACUCGCUUUUCGCUGCCGAUAAGCGAGCACUCAAGAUUCUACAAAAUGGAUGCUUCCAGUAUUUUCAGUUGGGAGGCGAGUGCGUCUCGGGGCCCAUUGGGUUAUUGAGCGGGAUGUUGCCUUUCCCCAUGCUUUUGUUCAAUCAUUUCUUUAGUGUUGCAUUUUACUCCAUUUAUAUCAACUUCUGCACGCGUGGCGUCUUGGGUGUUCCCGUGGCGUUAUACGAGGCACUCGAUGUGCUUUUCACUGCUGUGGUGAUUUUCACCCCUUAUUUGUGGAAAGAAGUUGUCAUGUAA